UAACUCCUCCCCCAAACAAUUCCUAUCCCUCUCUCCCAUUAACUCCCAUCCCUCUUUCUUGGUUUUUCAAAAUCCACCAUCUCUCUCUCUCUCUCUCUCUCUACCUGCAACCAUGAGCAAGGGCCCAGGACUCUUCUCUGAAAUCGGCAAGAAAGCCAAAGAUCUUCUGACAAAGGACUACAGCUCCGACCAGAAAUUCACCGUCUCGACCUACAGUGGCGUCGGAGUUGGCCUUACUUCAACUGCAGUGAAGAAGGGGGGAUUAUCCAGUGGUGACAUUGCUGCACAAUACAAAUACAAGAACACCAUCUUCGAUGUCAAAGUCGACACGGAAUCGAACAUUUUUACUACAAUCACCAUCUCAGAAAUUGCACCUUCUACAAAGACCAUUGCUUCCUUUACACUGCCUGAUUACAGCUCCAGCAAGUUGGAAGUGCAGUACUUCCAUGAGCACACAACCUUCACUACAGCUAUGGCCCUGAAACAGUCCCCUAUAAUUGAUCUCACUGGGACUAUUGGCACCCCCACCUUUGCCAUUGGCGCAGAGGCAGGGUACGACACCGCCUCUGGUAAUUUUACCAAAUACAAUGCAGGCCUCAGUGUGGCAAAGCCGGAUUCCAUCGUUUCCAUAAUAUUUGCUGAUAAGGGAGACAUGCUCAAAGCAUCAUUAGUGCAUCAUGUAGCCCCUCUGAGGAGUGCUGGAGUGGUGGAGAUCACCCGAAGGUUCUCGACAAAUGAGAACACAUUUGCAGUUGGAGCAUCAUACAGUUUUGAUCAGCUGACCGUGCUGAAAACGAGGCUCAACAAUCAUGGCCAGGUCGGGGCUCUCCUGCAGCACGAGCUGAAGCCUAAGUCAAUCCUCACUAUCUCCAGCGAGUUUGACACCACAUCCUUGGACAAGACCCCCAAGUUCGGGCUGGCACUCGCUCUCAAGGGUUGAUUGGUUAUCCUGGGAUGGAAUCAGAAUUUGAAAAAAGAAAUUAUUUUUUUUUCCUUUUUUUCCUCAUCAAUGGCAUUUGAAAGGAAACAGGCAAUAAUAUUUCCACAGACAAUUCUUUUCCUAAGGUUUGGAUUACUGUGGAUGAUUGAUUGGGUUUUUCGGGCCGUAUGUUGGUCUUUUUCUUGGAGUCAUUUUGGUAGGGAUAUACGUUUGUAGUGUUUUUCUUCUUUGAAGAGCCUGAUCAUUUGGCUUGUCUUAGAAAUUGCAUUUUCCUCUUGUUUCUGUAAAAUACCAGUUUAGAUAGGACUUCAAACAAGCUUUUGGAAUGGUGGUA